UUUCUUUAUAACACACGAGUUUCACCUCCCUGUGUCCCUUCCGUGGAAUUGGCCCUGUGCUGACAGCUCCCUUGGGUGAUUAUUAACUUUCUGGUUCCCCUCCGGCGAGAAGAGCAGCAAGGCUCCCGCGGGGGGACUUGGGCCGGGUUGGGUACAGGCUGUUACAGACUCCUUGGCUUUGCAGGGCCCAGCCCGGAGAGGCCGAAGAGCCGGGGCCGGACCUGGACGCUGCCGGGGCAGGCGCCGCAGGGCUGCCCUGUCUCUUUAAGCCCAGCCUUGCGGCGCCUUCUGCCUUCCCCCUGAAGGGCAGGGCCCCGGCAGGGAGUCGGAAACUCGCCCGGCCGAGCCGAGCGGAGAGGCGGGCGGGGCUGCCCAGCGAUCUAGCCGCGGCUAUGGAGGGGCUGGGGGCCCUGCUGCUGCUCCUCUUGCUCUCGCUUUGCCUCCUGGCCUUCGGAGUUUACUGCUGCUACGUGCGAGCCAUCCACGCGAAGUACGAUCACAUCCCCGGCGCCCCGAGAGCGAGCUUUUUACUGGGACACCUGCCAAUCGUCUGGAGGAUGCUAAAGAAAAAUGAGCUGGCACUUGAUCUCUUCUUACAAUGGGCAGAGGAGUAUGGCCCCAUUGUGCGUUUUAAUACUUUUCACAGAGUCUGGCUAAUGGUUCUAAGUCCAGAAGGAGUAAAGGAGUUCCUGAUGAUACCACAGUACCCGAAGGAUAGAAUAACAUAUGGCAAACUCUCUGCUCUAUUUGGCGUGAGAUUUUUAGGGAAUGGUUUAGUGACUGAUCUUAACCAUGAUCACUGGUACAAGCAACGGAGAAUUAUGGAUCCAGCUUUCAGCCGAACCUACCUGAUUGGUUUGAUGGAAACCUUUAAUGAAAAAGCAGAGGAGCUGAUGGAGAAGCUAGAGGAAAAAGCAGAUGGAAAAACUGAAGUGGACAUCAUGAGCAUGAUGAGCCGAGUGACUCUGGAUGUUCUUGCAAAGGUGGCCUUUGGCAUAGAAUUAAACACGCUGCAGGAUGAUCAGACACCUUUCCCACAUGCCGUGUCCAUGGUCAUGAAAGGAAUGAACGAGAUACGUGUCCCAUUUGUGCAGUACAUUCCAGGAAAACAAAAAUUGAUAAAGGAGAUCCGGGAAAGUGUGAGACUGCUGCGCCGUGUAGGAAAGGAAUGCAUUGAGCGGAGGCGAGAGGCAAUCCAGAAUGGGGAGGAAGUCCCACAAGAUAUUCUUACACAGAUCCUGAAAGGGGAUGCAGCUCAGGAGGAGACGAGAGAUGAUGAAACUAUUCUGGAUAACUUUGUCACUUUCUUCAUUGCUGGUCAUGAGACAACUUCUAAUCAGUUAUCAUUUACAAUAAUGGAACUGGGACGGCAACCUGAAAUAUUAGAAAGACUUCAUGCUGAAGUGGAUGAGGUUAUUGGAGCCAAGAGGGACAUUGACUAUGAAGAUCUUGGGAAGCUGGAGUACUUGUCACAGGUUCUCAAAGAAUCCCUCCGAUUAUACCCUCCUGUUUCAGGGACCAUACGUUGGACAGGAAAGGAAAAUAUCAUUGAAGGCAUCAGAAUUCCAGCAAACACUACUCUCUUUUUCAGCACAUAUGUCAUGGGAAGACUGGAAAAGUUUUUCAAGGACCCACUGACCUUUAAUCCUGACCGAUUUAGCAAAGAUGCACCAAAGCCAUAUUUUACCUAUUUUCCAUUUUCUUUGGGACCCCGUUCCUGUAUUGGACAGAUAUUUUCACAGAUGGAGGCUAAAGUGGUGAUGGCAAAACUGCUUCAGAGGUUUGAAUUUCAGCUGGUGCCAGGGCAGAGCUUUACAAUUAUGGAUACAGGAACCUUUAGACCAAAAGACGGCGUAGUGUGCAUAUUGAAACCACGGAUCAUUACAAAAGGGUCCCAAAAAUAACGGGAGUGGGGAGCAAUGGAGUCAAAUGGUGGUGGAGUUUCCCCACGGAUUUUAGAGAUUUUUGCAAUCACUUUUGAGGGGUGCUAUUUAGAAAAUGUUGUUAGCCCACCCCGUAAUUACUGUGGAGAAGUUUAGGAGUUUCAGUGUGGAUGUUUAUUUGAAUCUUGUUGAUCUGGAAGCUUUGCAAAAAGCAGACUUUUAAUCCGGUACUGCUUGGUUCUCAUCAGACUUGGAAAAACCACAAGAAUAUCAUCUCUCGCUCUGCUACAUAUGAUGACAAACAAACCUAAAGCCAAAUCCUGGUCCAGAUUUUUCACUGAUUUCAGUGGAACCAUUGGGCAUAAGUUCAGAAGCACAUGAGCACUUAAACAAUGAAUCAAACACUUGGUUGAAUUGUACAGCAGUUUUGGUUUGAGUUUGGGGGUAAAAGCUUGAGUUCAUUCUUAUUGCACCCAAAUCAUUUCCCCCACCCAUGCUGUAAACUGCAAUAGUGCAUGUUAUCUUUGCUGUGAAUAUGAUUCAGCAUAUGAAAACUAAUGGCAGGGGAGGGGAUCAGAAGCUACAUCUAUUGUCUAUCCUAGACCUGUGCAAAUACUGGAUUUUCUGGUUCAUUGGCAAUUCCAAAAUACCGGUAGAUUAAAAUAAUUGUUUCAGAAUGAGCAAAAAAUGAAUUUUUUACAAAAAAUUUUUGGCAACUCAAAAAAGUAAAAAAAAAAAAAAAAAAAUUAGAUUUAACAAAAUGUUUUGAUUUCAAGCUUUUUUUAUGUUUUUAAUAGUUUGGUUUUUAAUAAAAUGAAGGUAAAUUUCUAAAUGAAAAGUUUUGAACCAAAACAUUGAAACGUUUCGUUUUGAAAAUUUCAAUGAAGCAUUUCAGUUUUUUGUGAACUUUCUUUCUUUUUAGGGUUUUUUUCAGCCAAAGUAAUUGGACAAAACUGCCAUGAAUUCGUAAAACAUUUUGGUAUUGCUCACUUGGCAUUUUUGCCAAAAAAUGUGCCCAUAUCUAGUCUUUCCUCCUUUCUUGUCUGUCUCUCACUCUCUUUCACACUGUCCUUCUCUCCAAUCCCAGUCCAUGUUGCUCAGUGAACACACAGUGGAAGCAAAAGUUGUGCUGUGUCUUAGCAUUACCCUGUACUACUUCUACAGCUGACAUUAGCUAGAUUGUAAUAUGACAGUGCUCCAUGCCUGACAAAGCACUCAGCUGGAUUAGCUUCCAAAUGGCCGAUCUCAAUUAAAGGAAGAACUACUUGGGAAAACGCUACUGUUUAGAAAUAGAUGGUAAUUAAUAGAUGAUGGGGAACAUGACCCUGUCUUGGAUAAAAGGGAGUUCAGGAUAAUUGGAGCUGAACUGUGUUCUUUAUCUCUUCCAAUUAAGAUGGGCAGAAGACAAGCUGUGAUGUGGUACAGUAUCCAUCUGUUCCUGUAGGGCCAGAUUGUAAUGCCGCUUACCCUGAGUUCCCAUUUACUUCAGUGGGACAGCUCAUGGGCUAAGGUACUAUUCAGCAUAAAUAAGGGCAUGAUAAUCUGGUCUAUCGCAUUGAUGCUAUCACUCCGACAGCAUUACUGUCUUCGGUAAUGUCCUAAGGUACACAUGCAGUCAGGUAUAAGGCCCUGCAGUUGCGCUUGCUCAGUCACCUGCCAGCCAAAUGAGCACAGCUGGGAUGCAUCCACUAGACCACCUGAUGGAUUGCCCCACCUGGUUGGCUGAGGAAGCUAGCAGGCUUGCUCUUCAGCCCAACGGCAGCAAUUCACUGGCUGCUCAAUGCAUGUGCCUGUGGUUAUGCUCUGUUUCUGUGCUCAGGUUGCUCCAAGCCCUGCUUUUGCAUUGCUCCUCCCUGACAAAUAAAGGGACUCUAUCUUUCUCUCCAAGUAUGUUGCUAGAGGUUAAUAUGGGACCGUGCCAGAUGCCUUUUUUCUUAAAGGCCAGCUGGGGACAUUGCAGAGGUCUGGAUGCCCUAUCGGAUGAGGGCUGUUGUGAUAAUUGGUCCUACAAAGAUACCCUAAUUGUGACCUCAACUGUGAAAAGUGAAUAACAGUUCAUAGAAGUGAUGCAAUAGCCAAUAAUGUUGACGGGAAAAGGUGAAAAAGAUGGAAUUAGUCCAGACAAAAAGGCCUAGUAAUAUACUCCAAGAACUGCGUUAAGAUCAUGCCUGAUAAACAAGAACAGUGUGAGACUGGAAGUCAAUGAACCAAAAUUGGUGUGUUGGAAAUUAGGCCUAAUUUGUGGACAAAAUAUGAGGGGGUGGGCGAUUCCGCCUACUGAUCCUCAAAAAGAGACUUUGAGUGGGAAAGGCUACUGGGCUGCUGGCUGACUGAAAGACAAGAGAAGGAACAAGCUUCUCUUCACAGUUGCCACCUCAACCAUCUCCAGGGCCUUGAACUUUCUCUCUCUAAUCCUGAAAGAUGUCUUGAGCAGACUGAGCCAGAGAGAGUGAACCAGUUGACAUCACCAGUUUCGGCUAAAUCCCAUAUGCCACCUAAGAGGUGAGACUUUGACUGACGAAUAUACACGUUUGUGUGUUUCUUCCCCAUCUUCAACAACAGCUCCAGCCGAAUGCAACUAACUUCUUCUCUCCCCCCGCCAAAGGACAAUUUUUACCAUCUUUGUUACCAUCAAAGACUGUGGUUUUUAACCUUUUUUCUUUUGCAGACCCCUAAAAAAUUUCAAAUGAGGGUGCAGACUAGUUUGGAAAUCUUCGACAUAGUAUGCAGACCCACCAGGGAUCUACAGACCACAGGUUGAAAACUCACUGUUUUAUGGAACAACAACCUUUCAUGGACCCCUUAGACAUAGUUUGUGGACCCCAGAUUGAAACCACUGAUCUACGAGACUGUCAAACAAGGGAGGGAGUUCCUUUGAAAAGGAAACAAGGGAUGUUAUUAAAAUGAAAGCCUUACUUAAUAUUUUUCAAAUGAUUUAACUGUUCUUCCUCCUUUUCUGUAUCUUUAAUUAAAGACUAAAAUUAUGUUCAAUGAUGAUGUGUUUUCCAUGGUACUUGUAGUCCAUAGGGCUAGCCUAUUAGGUUGCUAUAUUAUAUAUCCUGUCUUUAUUGGCUGGUUUGAUUAUAUUAUUAUGGCUUAUAUUUUUGUACUGGAUAAUUUUUGUAAACAUUACAUCAUUAUAUUUGGCUAUAAUGCAGGAACCUGGAUCCUGUAUUAUUAACUAGAGCAAAUUUGCAUGAGUGUUUGUAACCUGUGGCAUAGAUAAAUGGCCUACUGGUUAUCCUUUUAGACUUUGGGAAACUGAAUGUGUUUACCAAUUCUGGGACAUACUAAUAACCACAAGGUACACCACAAGAACAUGGAAGUAACGGUUCAGGCCAAAGGUAAUGAUGUCAGAUAAUGGGCAUUAAUAUGUAUGAGUAUGGUAGAAUAAGUGUACCCUAAGAUUAGGGGGGUGAGGAAAUGUGAUUUGGGCAUGGAAGAUUGGGCACUGACAUGAAUAUUCAGGAUAGUGCCAAGACUCUAUAAGAGGGCAAACCACCAUAUGGAAAUUAUUCUUCUAGAUCUUUAGUUCCCCUUUGUUUAGUUACCAGCUUAUUUUUUGCAGUAAAACUUAGUUACUCAACACUGACUCUGCUCUCCGCCAUCUUGGCAUUGAGGAACUUGGACCAUCGGACUCAUCUAGCAUGCCAGAGGUGAGGCUGGUCCUGUGUCUCUUAUCACCAGGUCCACAAGAAGGGUGUUAAUAUGCUAGUUUAAUUAGCAUUUGUGAGGAAUGUUACCAUGGGUACUAUUAGAACGGUAUUAUUUCUUUUUAAUUCUGAGGUCUGGAGCUUUAAUGACUUUUUCCUUUAAUAAAAAUCUCUGCUUUGUUCUCAGCAUGAGUGUGCUUGCCACUCACCCUGCCACUCACCCUGAGGGUCCUUACAAAAUAUUGAACUCUCUGCGUUGAAUUUUGUAGCCUGAUUUCAGGACAAGAACCUGAUUAUCUUCUGUUCAGAUCAUUGGUGUGCCUGUAAUAAAUCAUCCCUUUAAAAAUCAA